GCAAAAAUACUGAGGAGAGGAGGGGGAGCAAGAUAGAAAAGAGAGCAGCAACAACACAGUCACAUCUGGAAGUUAUUGAGAAGUAGGGAGGGAGAGAGAAAGAGAGAGAACUGUAUUGUGAAUUGAACAGAGGGAGAAAGGAUAAACAAACUCUAGAUGUAGAGAUAGAUAGACUUGUUAAAUGUAUCAACUGAGUUAAAGAUUUACGGGAGGACAGAGUUUAUCUGAAAGUUGAUAAGAAUUCUACAGUGGACAGAGAGAAAGGAACAGAGGAAAAGAAAGAGAGAGCGCAAGAAACUGUAAUUCUAUCCUAAGAACAAUCCAUAGCAAGAGGGGAGAACGACAGAGAGGGAAAACUAAUGUAGCUUUCUAAUCUGGAGGACCGUCUAAAACAGAGCAAAGUGGUCUGAAUCAAAACGUAUGUUAUUGAGUUGAAAUUAAAUCAACUCAACAAAGGAGAAGUGUCCAGAGAACAAAAGAGGAGUCCCCUAGUCUGGAAUUCUUCUACGCAUUUGUCUCCCUAUCAAGCCUGUGGAGUCAACCGUCAGACAGGAUGUCAGCCUCUCGGAGGUGCCUGUGCUGCGUGAAAUACCUCAUGUUCGUCUUCAACCUCAUCUUCUGGCUGGGAGGGUGUGGCCUGUUUGGAGUGGGAGUGUGGCUAUCAUUCACCCAGUCCGAGUUCUCCUCCCUCCCGCUGUCUUUUCCCUCACUCUCUGCAGCAAACCUACUUCUGGUCGCUGGGGGCGUCACCAUGGUGACAGGCUUCCUGGGUUGCCUUGGCGCCCUGAAGGAGCAGCGCUGCCUGCUGAUGACGUUCUUUGUAAUCCUUUUUCUCCUGGUGUUGACAGAGGUGACUCUAACCCUGGUCCUCCAUAUCUUUCACAACGAGCUGGACACGAAAGCUCAGGAUGAGUUAAAGGAGGGGAUGAAGAAUUACUUGACAGACGAAGGACUGAAGAAGUCAUGGGACAAUGUGCAGAAAAUGUUCAAGUGCUGCGGCGUGACCAACAAAACAGAUUGGUACCUCGUGGUCAACGGAACACUCCCCUUUUCCUGCUGCUCCGGGGGGAUGGACCAAUGUGUUGAAGGAUGGAUCGAGCCGUGUUAUCAGAAGGCCAGACAGUGGCUCUUGGACAACAUCCUCUCUGUCCUGGUGUUUGGAGUCUGCAUUGGCAUUGUCCAGAUCCUGGCUCUGAUUUUCUCCCUGCUGAUGUACUGCCAGAUCCUCCGUGCUGAGAAGUACCUGGACUGAUCGGGGACUGGUCCUUCACAGACAGGAGAAGCUGAAUGAGAGACUCCCUAGCUGGCACAGAGUUCCUCUAACGUUUCUUUAAGGUUUUCAUUCGGUUAUUUGAAAAAUAACUUCUCCACGCCGAUGUGGGAACUAAAAGAAAAGUGUUAGCUGGUGUGUUUUAUACCAACUGCUGGGGAUGGUUUUUCAGAACAUUAAAUCCUGAUCAAAAUCAUCCUUUUUGUGUGUUCAAUUCUGUUAAGUUUAAUCAAAUAUAUUUGAAUGAGAACACAUCACCCAUUUGAAGGGUUAUUUUCAUCUGGAUUGAUGGUUCUUAGAACACUGCACUAAAAACCACGGGGCACAUUCCAGGUCGUCUUCAUUGCGGUCAUGUUGCUCAGAUCUCACAACGCCUGGUGAAGUGUCAUUCAAUUGGCUUUGAGAGAUCUGAUCAUCUGGAAUACAGCCCUUUACUUGUCAUGUAUAAAGAGGGACAUUAUUUGUAACUAUUGGGGACUACGUGCUACUUGUCACUUUCACUAUUAGGCGAUACUAAUAAUAUUGUUUAGUAGUGAAAAUAUAAAGUGCUUGCCCUGAUGUCCAUGGACAAGCAGUGAGACUUGCCCCAAAGAAACACUUACACUAUUCUGUUCAACUGCAGCAUAUUUUAAACAAAAGUCUAAACUAUAUGUUUUAAAGUGAGCCUUACCAAAACAAAUAAAAUGUAAAUACAUUGUAACUUGUAUGCAUGUGAAGUGGUAGUUGUUUUGUGAACUUCAGCAUUUUGUAAAAUACACAAAUGUAUGACGGUAAUAGUUCAAAUAACUUGUUUUCCAUAUUGUGCGUAUGAGGUGUUGUCGGUAUGAAUUCACUUCUCUUAUAGUUGAGACGAGCCUAUGCUUUCAUAUACUUAUUCAGUCCAAUAGACAACUGAAGAGGUAAUUGACUUGCAACAGGGUUCAUCAUUCUAAUGAAAUAUAUAUCACAUAUAUAAAUGGACUAUGAAAGUAUGCUAUUUAAUUAUGAUCUGCGGUCAUAACACCAAGUAAUGAAACCCAAACCAAACCAAUGACUACACUGUACAGUAUUUUGUAAAACAUGUCUAUAGAAAAACUUUGAUAAGAAAAUAAUUGUACAAGUACACAUGAUUCUCAGACAUAAAUACAAUUGUGACAAUUCACGUGUCGUAGUGUUAUAAAAGCUAAUGCCUUCUCCGUCUCUCACCACAGGAGAGACUGAGGUCAUAGGAAGGGCCCUGAGUUCUACCUGACCUGACCGGAAACAACCGGAAACAACUCCAGGCCUUUGUCAUAGAUUACAGUUCAUACAGUAUUCCUGUGUAGUAAGGCUUUCCGAGCUGCCUUGACGGUGUAGGGUUGUCAGUCAUACUCCAACAUCUCUAGCAAACUGGACGAUACUUUCCUGCAGAUGGAAAAUGGGAGACGUGGGAUUCGAUUUUGAGGGAAAAUCAGCACCAGAUGCCUGCUGUGGUCAGUGACUUCUGCCUCCUGGUGGUUGUGUUUGAAAACAACCUUUAAACAGAUAGGGGGCGCCAACGUCCACAUUUACAUUUUUUUUAAAGAGGGGUUAUCUUGCAAUGUCACAAAAACGAUGCGCAUGCUUCAAUGGGGCAGAAAUCCGUGUGUUGUUGCGAUUCUGGAUGGCUAGAAGGCUAGCAACAAUGACAAGAUGCCAUGUGGGGAAUCGUAGGUGGCUCGUUUCAGCUAGUUUUAACUUGUUUUUGAUACCAAGUCUUGUUUUGAUGCAUUUUGACUGAUGUCACUUCUAUGCUAACAUGGUCAGAAUUCCCUAGCUAGCUAACCAACACCACAAAAAGUGCUCAUUGUGCAAAUGUAUUUAUGUUUUCAAUAAACAUUGGAGAUGAAA